CACAAUCCCAGGAUACGCUGUCUCAGAGUAACCAAGAUGAACGAAGACCCUGUUCUGUACUCGAAAAGUUGUCAACUGCAAAUAUCAGUGGCCACCCAUUUUCUCAAUACCUAUUUCAAAUUACUAAAUGUGAAAAACAACGCCACAAUUUUGGACCUGGGUGCUGGCGAUGCUUCAGUGACCCUUGAAGCUCUACUUCCACGCUUACCCAACUUCAACAAACUCGUCGUUUGCGACAAGUCCAGAAAUAUGGUAAACUUCGCCAAAAACAGAUUCCACGACGAGCGAAUCGAGACCGUUCAGAUGGACAUCAUGGACUACGAUAAAUCGCUCAAAGGCUAUUUCGACCACAUUUUUUCGUUUCUUUGUUUGCAACAGAUUCCAGAAGAUAGGACUCCUGAAGCUCUGCGAAACAUUUUCGACAUGCUAAAACCUGGAGGAAAUAUUUUUGCCACGGUCAUAGUAGAUGUCUGCUUUUAUGAAAUCUGGGAAACCAUGAUCAAAGAGAAAAAGUGGCCACCGGCUAUGGCAGGUUUUAAAAGCAUUAUUCCUUCGUACCGAUCUUCGGACAACCCUAGAGAAAAGCUUAUGUUUUUGCUGAAAAACGCCGGCUUCGACGUUCAAGUGUGCAACUAUGAGAAAAGAAAGUUCACUUAUGAUGGUUUAAACGAGUUUAUGGAUCAUAGUUUGUCGAUAAUUCCUAUUUUGAAGAUUGGUUCUCAGGACGAACGGACGAAAUUUCUUGAAGAUUUUAAAGAAGCUGUGAGAAAAUGCAGUUUGUUACGCAUUGACAGUACCAGCGAUGGCGGACAAGUUCAUUAUUUUUAUAGCGUUUUGGUGGCUUGUGCCUUAAAACCCGUCUGAACCGCUUGAAAAACAUGUUUGUUGUAGUAAAUAAAAAACACUGAUAUAUUUUUUAUCAAUAAUAAAUAAAUAGUUUUUCGUA